AUGGCGCCCCGCGGGCCACUUCCGAUGGCGCUCGGGCCACGCCCCACCCCUUCCGGCGAUCCGGGACGAGCCGGCGCUUUGGGCGGGGCCACGCCCUCAUUCCUCCUCAGUUGGCAAGCGUCGCCCACGCCCUGGGAGGCACCCCAGGCGACGGACAAGAAUGAGGUCAGAGUCCUGAAAACAGCGACUCCUAAGCACAGAGAGGAGAGAGAUUUUCCUUCUUUCCCUAGAGGAUUCUCCUUCUGUUCAUACUUCAAAGGGGAGGGCAGGCGGAUGCAGUCCCUCGCUAAGGGCGCGGCCCCCAUCACAGGGUCGGAGUCCCUCGCUAAGGGCGCGGGGCCACCACUUCCGGGAGGGACGGGCCGCGGGGACCGGAAGGGGAAGCAGGAGGGCGGCCGGAGGGCGGGGUCCCGCUCGGCGUCUCCCCGCUGA